UACAUGACUGGUAUGAGUCAUGAGACACAUAAUUUAGUAUACAAUAUUGGUGUUCGUAGCAUUAUAAUCCUGAAAUAUGUAACUGGUUUGAGUCAUGAGAUACGUAAUUUGGUAUAACAAUUCAGUACAUAAUAUCGAUGCCCUAGCAUUGUUGUAUGCAUACACCCGGAUUGGACCAGAGUCGGAUGGGUAGAACAAUAGCGAACCGCAGAUCCAACUGGUUUGGACAGAAAACCGGUUCAUUUUCAUUUUUGCUUUUACGAACCCAAUUGCUCACUCCUUCUCAUCUUCUGUGGUCAGUCGGCAUCCCUUUGUGUUCAGCCGCCAUUCCUCUGUGUUUAAUCAAUCGUCAUUCUUCGUCUUCAAUUCUUAUCUCUCGAUUGAAUUCUUCAAUUGAACUAAAGUUUUGUAGUUUAAUUUGAUUCAUUUGUUUUGUUUUGUUGAAUUUACAUUCAAAAUUUAUACUUUUUUUUGAUCCUAUGGCUGCUGUUGCUGAAAUUGCCGGUGAACAAACCGCCGCCAACACAAUCACCACCGCCAACAACAAUGACAACAACGAGAAGAGUAACAAUAAGUUGGAAUCUCCGAAAUCGGAUUCGGAAUUCAAUGUGCAAAAGCUGUUUGAUAUGUUCACAAAGUUGAAUCCUUUAGCUAAGGAACUGUUCUUUUCUUAUUAUCAUCAAAACGGUGAUGACCAGAACAACAAUUUUGCCAACAAUAAUAAGCAUUCUGCCAAUGAUAAUUCCCCGGGUCCCUUCUGUUGUGGCCUGCUGUGGACUCUUGUGUGGACUGCUUUUUCUGCUGCUUUGGAUCUCCCGGGGAGAGUUUUUUGUUCUGUUUCCUUACGCAUUCUUAAUUGUGCUGGGAAGGGAAAGGGAAAGGGAAGCAGGUCAUUUCGAUCUUUAGUGGUUCACUUUCCCAAAAGUGACUUAAGACCUUCUUGAAGAAGUUUGAAGGAUAGCGACAUCUUUCUUUUUGAUAUGUAUAUAUACUUGCGUGGGAAUAUCAGACUGAAGCAAACAAGACUGCCCAGCCUUCGAAAUCCCUUGGUUUAAGAUUGUUGCUAUAUCUUUAUGGCUUAUAUUCCACCACACAAGCGACACUCAAAGGAUUCGAACCGUCCAUCUCCAACUCCAACUCCAGAGCUGCUUGCUCCACAAUUCAAGAGAGAUUUGAACUUGAGAUCAUCUCAGCAUAAUGUACACAGGGUUGGGAAGAUUAUCAAUGUAGACAAAUGCGUCUACAGAUGGUUCGUUGUUGAUUUGGAUGAUAAUCACCGAUUUCCUGGAUUUGUCCACCUUGAGUCGAUUUCAGAACCCAUUGAGCAGACUCUAGGAGAAAAGUCCCUAGUUUUAGUGAACAAUCAUGCAGAUAAAGGUAAUGAUGAAUUGGGAGGGAAUAUAUCAAGACGACCUUGGGAAUUUCUUGCUAAAAAUGUGUGGCCAGAUUUAUUGACUUCUUUUAACAAUCUGAGGAACAAAAUGGAGUGCAAAGAGCUGGAGAAAGUAAAGCCAAAAUUGAUUGCUAGAUUUGGCAAAAUUCUUUUUCGUGGGACCAAUUCUGUGAACAUAGAAAAGGUAAAAAAAGAUCCAGUUUCUGAAACCACUUUGAAACGAUUGUGGAGAACAUUUUAUACAAAUGUUCCUACGUCUUAUAUGGAAAACAUUAUAGGUGGAGUUGUGCCAAAAAUAGGAGUCGAUUUUGAAACAGAUAAAGAUGUAUACCAUAUCAGGGUGAUUGACAGCACACGACCAAAGGCGAUCAUUCAUUGCAAAUGUAGAGUAAAAGAAGAUAAAACGUUUGAGCUCUAUAAGAUUGAAAUAAACUUUGCUCGUCACAUGGCCAUAGACAUAUCAUGCGUGGAUAAGAAUUUAGACCUGAGGCUGAUGCUAUGGACCAAGAGUAUUGUUACUGACUUAACUGAUGAAGAAAUGCAAAGCCUUAGAAAUCUGAUUAAUUCAGCUGUUUUAGAUCCAGGAGUGAAGGGUGGUUUGAGAUGGCCCCUAGGGAAGUCAAACUUGGGGGAUCGGUACCGUGUUAGUGGGGUUUGGCACACAGAAGUUAAGUUGUAUGAAAGCUCAUCACUUAGGCUCAAGGUAAGACAUGCUGAUCGAUUUUGUUUUGAGUCUUCUACUGGGGAGUCUACGAUGGAGAUUACUCUGAAGUUGAAGCAAUUAGCUUCAGACAUACUGGAACAGAAGGUGGAUACUGAUACUAUCUAUAAUAUGUUUAAGGACACCCUAGGGUUGAUAUGGGAUUAUUUUCUAUGUUGUGAGCACUUCUUGACAAAGCAACUCGUGCCAAGCUCGACCUACUCUGAAAAAUGUUAAUACGUUAAUGUCUUGAUGGGGGGAAUAGCCCGUGUCCGUCUUCAAUGGUGGAACACUUUUCUGUAAAUAUUUGUUACAAAAUAUUUUUGCUGCUUCUUUCUUUUUGUAAGAGUA